GGAACUCAAAUUUGGUCUAUGCUGUUAUCCGCAAGCGGAAUGUAUUUCACCAGCUGGCCAACUUACCCACGGACUCACAGUCCAUCCAGAAAGGCCUGCAGCGUAAGAAGAAAACUCCUGAGCCUAUUUCUCGCACCAAUUCCCAGGAUGGGGUCUCCAUGGAAGGGUCACAUCCUGCUGCCCCUGCUGAAACAGGGACGCUGACGACAAGUUUGGUGGCUACUCCAGGAAUUGACAAGCUCACAGAGAAGUCACAGGUAUCAGAGGAUGGGACCAUGCGUUCACUGGAGCCCGAGUCUUCACAGCCUCCAUCAGAGGGUAACUCGCCCUCAGCUGUGAGCGAUGGGGAGCCCUGGAGCGGGGAGGCAUCACAUCCCCGACGGGAUCGAAGGCGUCUCUCUAGUGCAUCCUCCAGUGGACAGUGGACCCCAACUCCUGACUGGGUGAUGUCUUGGAAGUCAAAGCUUCCCCUGCAGACAAUCAUGCGGCUCUUACAGGUGCUGGUCCCUCAGGUGGAGAAGAUCUGCAUUGACAAGGGUCUCACUGAUGAAUCGGAGAUCCUCAAGUUCUUGCAGCAUGGUACACUGGUGGGGCUGCUACCUGUCCCUCACCCCAUCCUCAUUCGCAAGUACCAGGCUAACUCGGGCACUGCCAUGUGGUUCCGGACCUACAUGUGGGGAGUUAUUUAUUUGAGGAAUGUGGAUCCCCCUAUCUGGUAUGACACAGAUGUGAAGCUGUUUGAAAUUCAACGGGUCUAAGAGAGCACUUACCUCUACUAAGAGAAAUGCACUGGACCUACGGACUGCUGUGUGCUGCUUCAUCACAGCUAUUCCUGUGUUUCACAUCCAGCUGAGAGACCAAAAGGACAAUCACUUCACUUACCUCCCUGUCAUUUAGAGCUUUAAUUGGGACCUGCUUGGACAUCCCUCCCCCCAGCUCAUUUCUCUUCCCUCACCCUUCACUAUGAACCUUGAGUGAAAGAUGUCUAAGGGAUUGUCCACUGUUGUGGUUGCACUAGAAAUCAGACCAUUCUUAGCUCUUCUAUUACUCUUUUGCUCGUGGAUGUGGUUUGGAAACCAAUCUGACCCUGUCCUUGCCCUGGUCAGAGUCAGCAUUUAAUUGAAAAAGACUAGCUGUAAAUUGGGUGCAAGGGAGAAGCUGCUAUUCCUGCAGGAGAUGGGGUUUGGAAACUUCAGUUACUUUCAUGUGGCUCCAUAAAGUUUCCGGGGCAUCCUUUCUGACUGCAGGUGUCUCCCUGGUGUCUCAGUUGCAUAUUGGUAGGGGAGUCUUUCCCGUCCAAAAGAAAGGAGAAGUUGCUGAAGGAAAACUUUGUGUCUCCGUUCUAAAUCUCUCUACUCCUUUCCUGGAAAGCUGCUUAAGAAGUUUUGUAGUAGCUGGUGCUUUGGUGUGGCAUGAGAAGUUUUUCCUUGGCUUCCAGGCCCAGCAGCCUGUCCUUCAUGGUGGGCUGUUGCAAUGGACUGUGUGUCACUUUGGAAAGCCCUGCUUAAUCCAUGUGAGC